CCUAUGUAAUUCUUCAUAAUUCACGUUACUUACUUAUUUAUGCAAAUUAGAGAAGUCAAUUGACAAACUUCUAAAAAACGACCUUUUUGUAACAAAGAAUUAUUCUGUCAAGUCAACAAAUCUGUCUGUCAUUUUAAUAACAUGUUAAAUUAUGUCACUCGAUGCAAAUUAAUAACUUUUCUGCACAAAUUAUGAUAACAGAUGUACAUGUGACUCAUAAACUGUAUCUCUUUUUAGUAGUUCUUUGACAAUGUUAUAAAUACAAGCAGCUAGAAGGGUCGAAAGACCAGUCGGAGGCAGUAGGGGCAGUCGGAAUGUCACUUUGGUGAAGUGUGUUUCUGUGUUAUUGUUUGGCAAAACAAGUCAAAGAACAUGUAAAGGGAGUACUACUUUGUGUUGUGUUAUGGUCUUUGGUGGACAGUGGAAUUAAUAUGGCCACUAAAGUAAUAAAUAUUUGAUGUUUACAUACGUGUUGGUUUCGCUCGUUCUUUAUCAUCAAAAGCACAUGAAAAACACGGAACCUCAUGUGUUUACCCUAGACAACCAAAUUUAGAGCCAGCAUCAGCAACGAGACACCGCAGCGAUCCAGCAAGCAGCAGCGAUUACUACAAUACAAUAUUUUGUAAUGGCGCCAACCUAACAUCAAGUGCUAACAAGCUCCGUAAAUGGGAGUGAAAUAGUGCGUUUAUCAGCAAUUAGCAAAAGAUAUCUACGACGACUUUUGGCGGUCCAUUUACAAAAGUGGGGGCUCGUCCGGGAUCUUUAAGUGCAUCGAUGAUAAUAGUGCAGCGAUAAAUUUCGUAAGUGCUUGGCACUCCAAAAAAAAAAUUUUUUUAUUUGUGCAUUGUGGCAACAGUGAAAAUAUGUCAAAAAAUAAAUAAAUAAAUAAAGUGUGUUUGUGCGACUACGAAAAACUAUCAUCACACCGCUCGGAAGAUUAACGUCUGGAUUAUGUCAAUGGAUUUCAUCAAUCAAGACUUCAGCUUCAAUAAAACCGAAUAUAAGUGAAGAAAGCCAACAAGAACACCGACCACGACAUCAUAGCAUAGACAUAAAGCAAGGUAUUUUGUUGUUGUUGUCAUUUAAAAUAAGUAAUUGUUAACAUGUCUCUACCUGAGAGGGAUGAGAUCGUAGGAAAUGUAAAAAUUGAACCAGGGGGUGGUGAACAAUUAAACUUAACAGAGUGGCUAGCAGAGUUUGCAACUCAAAUAAGCUCGCAACUUAAACAAUCAAGUGAGCAAUUAAGUUUGGAUUUUAAACAAUCAAGUGAAGAAAACACAGAUAGACUGGAUAAGUUAAGUUUGGAUUUUGAUCUAUUAAGUUCUCAUCUCAAUGAGAAGUGCGAGGAAAUUAAAACUACCCUCAGUAAGAACACUAGCGAACAGUUGAUACACUUCAGAAAAGAAUUUCAAGUUAAAGUUGAAAGUUUAAAUGAAAACAUACAAGCGAACACAGACAGCAUUGCUGUCAUUUACAACAGAGUAGAUACUGAAGCUAAAAGAUUAGAUCAGAGAAUAGACAAAACAUCAGAAAACCUUAAACAAGAAUACAACCUGUAUACCACUAAUGUAGAUACAAAAGUAGAAAAUAUACACACUAAAUGUACACAAUUGGAAGAUGCAUUGAUGUCAAAACAAAUGUUUUACAAUCAAAAUACAAUGUAUGGACACAUCCAAGUGAAAUGCUUUCCUGGUGAAAAUCUGCACCCUAUUGACUUUAUUCACCAAUGUAAAGAUAUGUUUGUUGUAGGAAUGUCAGAUAACAUAAAAAUUAAGUUAGUAAAACGGUUUCUAGAAGGGGAGGCCCUAUCCUGGGCAAAUGAGAAUAAUGAUUCUUGGAAUACUUUUGAAGAGUUUGAAGCUAAAUUUAUUUGCAAAUUUUGGUCACAAUCCAUACAAGCCAGAUUAAAGUCAGAAUUUCUAAAUGGACCAGUGUAUAGAGGGAAAGUAGGGGGAAUGCAAAAAUUUUGCAGAGAUCAAUUGAAAAAACUUGCUCAUUUAAAUAACUCUUUUGAUAUUAUAACACAAAUUGAUGUUUUAAAAAGGAGAUUACCAGAGAGACUGCAGUGGGAAUUGGUCCAUGGACCAGACGAUUCAAUGGAAGAGUUCCUGAAAUUUGUAGAUAGAUUAGAUAGGGCCUUGGAAAGAGAAAGUAACCAAAGUUUUGGCUCUGGCAACAACCAGUAUGGGGGGUGGAGCAGGAAUGUAAAUAGAGAUUAUUAUGGGAGGAGAAACUUUGAAAAUUCUGGAAAUAAUGCUCCAAAUAGGGGAGAUAUGAGAUACGAAAAUGAUUUCAGAAACAAUACACAGGAGGGAGGAUGGAGGAGAGAUAACAGGAAUGAUAGAAAUAGGUAUUGGGGAAGAGAACAAGAGAGAAGGGGGUUUGUUGAAACUAGUGAACAAAACGACAACUACAAACGGACAGACCGAGGAAACCAGCCGGGAAACGGUGGACAGUCCCACUAG